AGCCGCCGCAUCACCCGAGGAAUGGUACGCCGCCGCCGCCGUCUCUUUGACAGUAACAUCAUCAUCAAUAACAACAGAGAGCAGCGCCGUCUGCAACUUUUUCAGCCUCCUCCACCACCUUCCGCUAUAAAACUAUCUCAGGAGCGAAAUAGCAAGAAAAUCCCUUAUAUAUUUACAUAUACCCAUACAUAUAUAUAUAUAUAUACGUGUACGUAUUAUAUAUAUAUAUACAUGUAUAUAUAUAUAUAUAUCUGUAUAUGCAGAAGUGAGCAAUCAACAUUAAAACUUCAGUUUACGUUUAAAUUACGUAGAUCAUCUCUUUAGUGUUUCGGAACAACCUUUUUUUUUUUUUUCAACUCACCAACACUUCUUUCCUCCAGAAAUAUAUGUAUAUGUAAAUAUAUAUUUAUAUAUAUUUACUUUAUUCGCCACACAUACGUACAGAUACACACUCUCACACACACAUAUACAUACACACACACACAUAUAUAUAUUUGAUAUAUAUUUAUCUACAUAUAUUAUACAUUAGAGAAAGUGACCACCAACAACAUGCAGCAGCCGUCGGCAAAGAAUGGCUUGAGUGGAUACAAUAGUCUGAAUGAUCCACACUUACAAAAUUAUUUCACCAACAAAACUGUCACCAACUACUUGAAGAAAGCUGGAGUUGUUACUAGAAAGGGUGAGAUUGUGCCAGAUGCUGUCUACAGAACAAACAUGGCAAAUGCAGAGCGCCGGAGAAAGGCCAGGGAACAGCUCACCCAAGAACUAUUGAAUAAAUCCAUUAAUCUACAGCGCAAAUAUGAAAGUGAAAUACAACAUCGACUUGAAGAAAUAGCAAAACUGGAGCUUAUUCGAAAGAUUCGAUUAGAAACUCGUACUUCAAAUAACAAGUUUGGAUUUAAGACGAAAGGCAAGAAAAAACCGAAACGUUUGCGUGAGAAAGAAGAAGGUGCCAUCAGUGGUGGCAAGAGAGGGGAUGAAUCUGUGGAGCCAAAUAGUCAAGCGACUGAACAACAUGAAACCAGUCCUGAGGGUGACACUUACACGAAUGGUUCCUUCAGCUACAUGUCUAAUGACUACAGGACUAAUGACUACAUGACCAACACUAAUGACUACAUAACAAAUGAUGGCACGACCACUGACUAUAUGACUAACGAUUAUAAGACUAACGAUUAUAUGACUAAUGAUUAUAUGACUAAUGAUUAUAUGACUACUGAAUGUACACCCGUGACAGAUCACACCUGCUCGUGUAUGAACUCCUCUUACCAAGAAGGCUCUAGGCUGUCAACGUUUACGGAUGAAUCAUACUACAGCUAUUGCUCUGAAUGUGAUAAAGAGUGCAUGGUGGUCGACCAAGAUGACUUGCUGCCAUAUUCUGGUAAACCAUGUCUUCAAGAUCCAAACACUUCAGUCCGAUUCCAUGAUGACACAGUUGCUCCACUAUUUCCAACAGUUGACUGCAUGUUAUGUCCUUGUGAGACAUGUGAUGAAACCUGUUGCGAAUUGCCUGUAACACUCAUGUUUGUGGGCUGCUGUAGCACUCGGACUGAUGAGCCGACUGAAAUUCACAUUGAGCAGCAGCAUAACUGUGAUGCAGUCUUUUGCGUCUACCAACAGUGUCACUAUAUGAAAGAUAUAUUUACAUUCGUAUCACACCACGAACGUGAUUUCCCAUUCGUACUGUAUGUUUACCUAAAUGGACUGCUGCACAUGAAAUUAAACACAUGCUGUGAGUACAAGCAUUUGCCCGGAUAUCGAUUUGGAGGGAAGCGUGGCCAGUUUAUACUUGUCGAUGUCAAAGGGACAUCAAGCUGUACACUCUGUGAAGAAUCCUUUACUAAGUUUCAGGAAGAAACCAGCGAAUCAACAAUAGGGGUUGGAAAUAUUAAGAUGGAGGAGGAAAUCGUCAUUGAUGUACCCCGCAAUGAAGUUGCUGAAAUCUGUGUCCCAGUAGAAAAUACUGAAAUGUCAAUGCUAAUUGACCUGGACGGCCAAAAGGCAAAACUCAAAGAUCCUGAAGGAGAUACCUUUGAAAUAUAUGAUUCAGAAGAGACGUCUUCAGCCGCUCCCAGCUCAGUGUUGCUGAGCAGCCCCACCUGCCAGUGUCAUGAGGGGGUGGUGCAAGAUGACAAAGAAGCUGAACAGAAGUGCAUUUGUACCAAUUACCACUCCGCUGGUGUCACAACGGAGAGCUCACAUUCACCAUGCUCGGCUGAAUCCCCUGUCGAUGAAGCUGCAGCCGAGAAGCAAACCUCAAACACGUCGUGCGCCUGCUCUCAACACUCUGACCACCACCACCACCACCACCCCUGUCAUUGUUUGCAACAUGACACCUCCUUCUCCUCCAAUGCUCCUCAAGGUGUCCGUAUUGGUGGAGGUGGCAAUAGUAGUGGUUCUGGUUGUGAGUCUGUUGCAAGUAAUAUUACAGGUGGUGCAGUCAGCACAGGUGAAAAAGCUAAUGCUGCCACCAAUGAGGAUAGCAAUUAUGAAGAGGAUAAUGAAGUUACUGCUGGUGGUGGCAAAGAUGAUGACAUUGCUGUUACACAAGUAGAAGAGAAGGAUUUCGAUGGUGACGAUGAAGACAAUGCUUCUGCUGGUGAUGAUGUCCAAUCUGAGUCACAACAUGAGAUCAGUGAAACUGAGCAAGGAGGAGGACAACAGCAGUCUCCACAAAUGGUACUUUACUAUCAGAACUCCAAUGAAAACAAUUCAUUGAAGAGAACUUCACCUCAAGAUUCUGUUUCUCAGGUGUUAUAUCUCGACACAAAUUUACUGAGCAUGAAACUAGAGCAGCUUCAACAACAGCAGCAGGAAGGCCUACAAGUAGAAGAACAAGAUCAAUCAAAAGAGCAGGAGGAUCAGAGUCAUGAAAAAAGAAAAGAGAGAGAUCUGUUGAGAGCAGACGCCAUCCAAGACACAGACGAGCUGCAUGAAAUGAUGGAACCAGUGCCAGAAGAAGAAGAUAAUAACACAAUUCACACCAGCAGAAGUAAUAAUAACAACAGUGAUGGCAAUGUGAAUGCAACAACAAACAACCACACCAACAACAACGACCACAAUAACAACAAUACUGGAAACACACCAUUAGAUCUGGUGCACAAAUCAACACAGGCGAUGCUGUUGGAUGAACAAUGUACUGUAGCUAAGGCAGAGAUGGGUGCAUGCACUUCUGAAAGGGGCACACAAGUUAUUGUAAAGGACAUGCAAAAGCAACAGUUGGGCAAGAGCAGGGAUUUCAGGAAAAGCAAGAAUGAAGAAGACACUGUAUCCCUUAUCACAAAAUUUGAGAACUCAGUACUUUGGAAAAAUAGCAAUCUUGUUCUUCCAGAAUCUGCACUGAAGAAACAGAAGACAGCACCAUCAUAAUUUUGGGGACACAUCAACAAGAUCCGUUAGACAACUAGACCAUCACCUUGGCAAGUAGAUCAAUUACUCUGCAUAAUCUCUUCAAUAAAAAGAUAAUCAACUAUAACAAUGAUAAUGACAACGAUGAUGAUGAUGGAGACAAUGAUUGCAGUAAUAAAAAUGACAUUGGUGUUAUCAAGAAGAAAGAGUAAUAUAGGAAGAGUUAAACUCAUUUCCUUUUUCUACAUGCUCCAUCCUCUUACAGUUUAGACUUUUCCCUUCUUCUCUUUGAAUUUUAAACAGAGAAGAAAAGAAAAAGUAAGAGAACAAUUGGAGAGACAGGAUGAAGAAUCUUCUGGUCUGGUUGCAAAUAAAACUCACGUCAAUGUU